UUAGGUUUUUGUCUGAAAUUGACAUUUCUACGUCUUUAACAAAAACACAUUUUUAGUCUUGCUUUUGUUACAUAUUGCAGAGAAAAAACUAAUAUUAUUUAAGGCGAUAUUGAAAUAUCAAAAUUGAACAAUACAUUACAACUAUAUUAGAAACAAAUUGCCUUGCAUUUUAAGGGUCAUUUAACUCUUAUUGGCAAAUGAUCAAAAGAACAGAACCCCGGAAGUAAAUUGAUUUUUUUUUGGUAAUGACCUCAAAUACUCAAGGAAAACUAUCUUUGUUUCCACCUGACUUAAAGAAGGAACUUCAUAAUACAGUAAAAACUAAAAAGAAAAUGGAGGACUCAGCUGAUGUGGAAAUGUCCCAAGAAUUUCCCACAGCAACUGACAUAGCCUCAAAAUGGAUUGAAGAUUUUGAAAAAGAUUUAUUUUCUGCCAACACUUUAAAGCAGCAUUGGGUUGAAUGGGUUCCAAAGAUUUACUGUCCUGCUUUAAACGAGAAUUGUCUUAAUUGGCAAUUUAAUGAAGACUUGGCCAGUGAUGUUCUUUUUCUUCCUUUGGAAUACUUUAUUUGUAAAGGUAGUUCGCCAGAAGCUUUAAGUCAACUUGACCAUGCCAAUAAACAUUCGUCUGUAUGCGGAAGAUUUUUUAAGAAUGCAGAACCGACUUAUUCAUGUCGAGAAUGUGGAAUGGACAAAACAUGUGUUUUAUGUGUGGACUGUUUCAAGAACUCUCCACAUCGCUUUCAUAAGUAUCGAAUGGGCAUGUCAGGUGGUGGAGGAUGUUGCGACUGUGGAGAUGUAGAAGCGUGGAAAAAAGAUCCAUUUUGCAUCUUACAUCAGGUUGACAAUGAAGAUGACGACGGCAAAAAUAACUUACCGCAAGAUCUCAUCAACCGUACGCGAAUAGUCUUCGAAACCAUUCUCUGGUACGGAUUUGAACGUUUGACAGGCAAGGAAAUAGCUACCGUUAAUUUAGGAGACGUUAACUCGGAUUUCUUCGACUCGGACAUGUACUGCACCAUCCUCUACAACGACGAGAUGCAUACCUUCGAACAAGUAAUCGGUACGCUAGGCAGGGUUUUGAAAUGCACUCAAAGAACUUCCACCGAAUUCGUGACAAGUAUAGACCGGGAAGGAAGAGCGGUCGUGAGAUGUGCUUCCUUCCAGAUCUGUUCAGAACUACAAGCAGACAUCGAAAAGUACACUUCGCGGCAUGGAAACAGACCGCUGAAAGUAUUAGUUAAUCACGCGUACGUGAUCGCUCACCAGAAUUUCGCGAUGAAAGUACUUACGUGGCUUGAAAAGUUCCUAGGUCACGGUAAGGGAUUUAGAUCGAUCUUCACCGAAUGUAUGAUGAGAGCCCCUGGUUCUUGCAAACCGUCUCUGUUAACAGAGGUGAUGCUCAACGACUCAUCCUUAUGGAAAAGUGCCCGAACGCAAUGGCACCGAUUGCUCAUAGCGGGAAUGCUGUUAGAGUAUGAAAACAAGAAGUCUUUAGCCAAAGUAUUCACGAAAAAUUACGGGGAAAUAAUGAAGGAUUUUAUUCGGGAUGAUCACGAUCACUCGUACUCGAUUUCGUCCCUAUCAGUGCAGUUGUAUACUGUGCCUACUUUGGCGCAUCACCUUAUAGCUAGCGACGAUGUCCUUUUCAUUUUGUUGAACACAGUAUUGUCGGAGUAUAAGAAGAAGCGGAAUAAAAACGGGAAAUUAGAAUUCGAACGCAACUCUACUCUUCAUCUUUUGAAAAGGACUCUGGUUAUGUUGUAUGACUUAAAGUAUCUGCUGAGUUUCGUUCCGGAGAAAUGGACGGAUGACUUGAGAAGAAGUUUUAUGCAUGGGUUCCAUGAAUUAACCAGUCUUUUAGUUAUGAUGCAAGGCAUGGAUUCGGUGACCAGACAAGUAGGACAGCAUAUGGAAUUUGAACCAGAAUGGGAAUCUGGGUUCAAUCUCCACAUUAAACUAGCUUCCUGCAUUUCGUACAUAAUAGAAUGGUGCGCUGCGGACAAAGUCGUUCUAGUAAAAGCGUAUAGAUGCAUAUUAAAGUACCUAAACGAAAACCCGUGUUACGAACCGAACGAGCCCUUAGAGGUCAGGGAGUUAGCGGAUCACGGUACUGCCUGUCUACAUUACGACGUGUCUUCGAAACCUGUGUCGAUACAUUUACCUUUGACCAGACUGCUAGCCGCACUACACCUGCAUUUAGAGAAGUUCGGUUUACAUUUCGAUAGUACCGAGGUACACGUACCGGGACACACUCCGACUCCCGUCCAGAUUAUCGAACCCGUGCUCAGGACUCAAGUCAUGAUCGCCCAGGUGCACUCCGGAAUGUGGAGGAGAAACGGCUACGCUCUCUUGAAUACGUUAUAUUUCUAUCACAACGUGAAAUGCAGAACUGAAAUGUUAGAUAGAGACAUUAAUUUGCUUCAGAUCGGCGCUUCGUUGAUAGAAAGCAACGAGUUCUUAAUUCACUUACUGAAUAAAUUUAAUUUAAUCAAUUGGGCGUUACCCGAUUUCGAAAUGAUAUCUAUCAAAUCGCCCGAAGAGGACAGUAUGCGACAGACCAUUAAUCUGGUAGAGGAAUUCUUGCACCUUUUGAUCGUGGUUAUAGGCGAAAGACACAUGCCGGGAGUGAGUCACGUAUCGAACAAAGACCGAGUGAAGAAAGACCUGCUACACGCUCUCUGCAUCAAGCAAUCGCCUCAUUCCGAACUAGUCAAAACCGUUUCGGACGACCUGGAUAACGAGACGGACAUCGUCGAUACCGUCAUCCACGAAAUAGCGAAGUUUAACGAGCCCUUACGAUUGAGUAACGCGAAGGGAACGUACGAACUUCUUCCCCAAUAUUACGACGAGUUCAACGUUUUCUUUUAUCAUUAUACUCGGGAAGAAAUGUCCAAGGCUGAAGUAGCGCAAAGGAGAAGACGGAAGGAAAAUGGCGAAAUAGAAUGCUGCCCUCCGCCCCAACUUCCAAAGGUGUGCGAUUCUUUCAACAUGCUGGUCAACCUGUUGCAGUGCGACGUUAUGCUGCACGUAAUACAAACGGUUUUCGAAAGGUGUCUAAAUUUGAGAGCUAGAAGUUUUUCCGAGAAUCAGUUGUACAGGGCACUGCACCUAGUUGGCUAUGGUCUUCAAGAAGAGGAGACGGGUCACUAUCCAUUUUUCCGAUUUAUCGAGAACGCUACAAAGUUUAAAAUUUUCGAACUAAUGGAAUCUUUACUGAAAUGUCCCAGGGUUGAUGCUCAUAAAGGAUUACUGCAAUGGACCCUGAAGAAGUAUCAUCAGAUAACUAAUAUGGAAGUUGUUUCAUUAGAUAUCCAAAAAGAUUCCGGCGCGACCGAAGAGUCCGACGUUAGCGAAAAAGAAAGGAGAGCCAAGCUAGCCGCUAGCAGAAGAGCUAAAAUUAUGGCUCAGUUGGCAGCCCAACAGAAGAAUUUUAUUAAGGAAAACGCCGAACUGUUUGAAAGUACAAGUAUGGAAACUCAGUCUGGAAAAGUGAGUGAAAGUUGCGAAAUGGAAGUGACCGAACUACAAACUGUAGCCCUAGGACCGAAUCAGUCUUCGAGAAUGUCGGUAGAAGAAAACUACACUUGUAUAUUGUGUCAGGAAGAAGAACGUGUUACCACCACCGGCACGACUAUGGUUAUGGCCGCUUUCGUUCAACAAGCGACAGUGCUAUGCAAGAACAAAUCAUUCGACGUAUUAGCCGCCGCACAAAAUCAUAAUCCUCUAUUUCUACAUUCAAACAGAGGUCCAGCACCUUACACCAGUACCUGUGGACACGUGAUGCACCGCGAUUGUUGGAGAAAGUUCUUUGAUAACGUUAUGAUUAGGGAACAUAGAAGACCCUACAGGUUACGUCAUCCAUCAAGUUUUGACGUAGACAAGCAGGAGUUUUUAUGUCCUCUAUGUGAAUGUCUAAGCAACACUGUCCUGCCUUUAGUUCCACCAUUAAACAACCUGCAGCCUAGCCACCCCAGGAACGAUAUACCUUUCGAAGAUUUUCUCUUGUCCCUUCAAAAAAUCAUCGCCAAGAAAAACAAAGUUUGUCAUGGUAUAUUUAAAUGUAACAUGGAAGAGUGUAAGAACAUUCAUUGUACUGCCUGUGUAAACGCCUCGAGCGGCACCAGCAUUGAGCCAGACACAAUAGACGAAUGUGAAAUGAAUUGUAUCUUACAGGCUCAUCAAGUGUUUUACUCCACGCCCGUUGAGAAGAGCGAUACUGAUCUUAAUGAGGACUUUAAAAACUUGUUUUAUGAAAAUAAAGUGAGAAUAAGUUCAGUACUUAAGGAAAUGUUGCACAUGUUUGCUCAGCUUACUUACACUAGAGGGUUGAAUGUUAGCCCACAUCCGUCUGAUAAAAGACUAGCACCUAUGGCCUGGAAAUCACUUGCAUACACUAUUCAAGCUAUAGAGGUUGUAACCCAUUACCAAAACAAACCACUUUUAGGGUCCCUGACUAGUAGACAGAGAGAUUGUCUAGGAAACUUUGUCAAAGUUGUUGCUGUGCUAGGUACUACAUGGACUAAGAAUGUAGUAAUUAAAAGUCACGCUCUCAACUUACUUAGUAUUUUGUUUGACCAUCCAACUAGCGGUCCGUCACUUUUUGACUUUGAUUGCUUCAGUUUCUUAGUAUCUUUAACUUAUUCACUACCCACAAUAUUAGUAGAGUCGUUUGCCCCCAUUCCUACUGGAGGCACACUGGAAUGGCAUACUCUUAAGUUAAUAUUUGUAAUUAAUACUAUUAAAAGCCUGUUGUAUCUUUGGCCAGACGAUGUUGCUUCCGAGACAGAUGCUGAAAGGAACAAUGUUAUAGAUAUGUUACUAGUAUCAGUAGGCAAAUGGCGUAAAGACGUGUGUGCCAGAAAAGUGUGGGAUUAUAUUACGGAUCGUUCCAGGCCAUUCUUAAGAUCUUGUGUUUUAUUUUACCAUUAUCUGACCGAUGUGUCCGCUCCAAAUAAUCUGCAAGAAGUAGGUUGCGACACUUUCGAAAAUAUGUGCGCUUACCUAGAUCUACCGACAAAACCAGAAGAACUCUUUAAUUCUCCUUUCUUGCAAGAGUUAAUUAAUAAAUGGAUGAAUCAUCAGGAAAUAAUAAACUUCAAGAAAGAUAGUCAAAAUGUUCGAGUGGAUGAACCCACGCUGAUACCCGAAUUGCAUAAGCUUCCGUCCGAUUAUAGUGAACUAAUAAAUUCGGUUUCGACGUUCUGCUGUCCUAAUAGCCAAGAGGAUUGUCGAAAUCCCACGAUGUGCUUGGUAUGCGGGGCCAUCUUGUGCUCGCAGAGCUAUUGCUGUCAAGCAGAGUACAACAAGGUUUCGGUGGGAGCUUGCAACUACCACGCCAGCGUAUGUGGGGCGGGAGUAGGAAUGUUUUUGCGGAUAAGGGAAUGUGAAUUACUGCUGUUAGCUACGCCUCUCAGAGGUUGUUUUCUUUCGCCCCCAUAUCUGGAUGAACAUGGCGAGACUGAUCAGGGUUUAAGACGUGGGAAUCCCCUAAAAUUAAACAACGAGCGAUACGAAAAGCUCCACAUGAUGUGGCUGAAUCAUAGCAUUCACGAAGAAAUAGCUAGGCAAAUAGAAACAAACAAUCAUAUAGUUUCCACGCCGUGGAGUUUGUUGUAAACCAAAUUCUGAUUAAAUAACUCUCUCUCUUUACACGUCCUUUUUAUUGUAUAAAUCUGACAGUUUUACGGGUUUUCAAUUAUUUAAGACACGAAUUAUUGAAACGAUUAUUGUGAUCAAAAUACUGUUCUAGUUAUUUAUCCAGGCAGUUUUUCCGAUUGUAAAUUACAUCACAUUUAAGAGAGAAAUAUUAUCUACUACUAAAACUUUAUCUGAUAUCUACUAUAGAUAUUAUAAUUAUAUUAGCUUUACUGGUCAUUCUAAACAUUUAAAUAUUUAAUAUUUAAAGAAAACAUGUUUUGUUUCUUUUUAAAGGCAAAACUUAAUCUAAAUGAUCUGGUUAUACUGAAUAUUUUACGUCAUCGCUUAGCAACUGACUUGCCAUUAAUUUAAAUAAAACAGAGAAAAUAUUAAUUUCUGAAUAUUUAGUAAUUGUGUAAUUAUUUCAUGUUUUUGCUUCAUGUAUUUGAAAUGUAAUCUGAGAAAAAAGCCUGUAGAUACGUUAAUAGCAAAUCUAAAGUUGACUCCUUUGCUUUUAUGACAAUAGCUGUUUUUCUGGAAGUUAUGAUUUUGAUGUCAGAGAGGGAACUAUAUAAUAACAAAUAUAUACCUGUAGGCGAUAUCGAUCAAAACCUGAUUAAAAUGCUCGUAAAAUGAGUGGUGUAAAUUAUUUUGGUGUGUAUUAAUAUUUAAAUAUAUUAUAUCGUUAAGCAGUAGGUGUUUAUGUUAAAAAUUCUAGAGAUUAAAAUUGUAAAUAUCUAUUGAUAUAAAAUAAAACCGUUUUUUGU